CCCGUCACAGCACUCGCCAGAGUACUCGGAAACCCUCGGGAAAAGCCGAUAGCAGGAGUCUCCAGACCGGCUCCGAAGGCGAGCCGAUAAUUAACACGCCACUACCAUAUUGGAUGCAUGAAUACUUCUAAAGUAUUUCAUGCAAUGCCUCUAUCGUGCGAUACAUUAAGAUACGUUCGAGGCGAUUAUAAUAAAUUCCAAGUUUCCAAGAGAGUUAAUUGAGCAGUGGCUAACAAGAUAACAUUUCGUGCAAUCACGAAAUAAGUGACUCGUGAUGAAUAUAGCGACACGUGAACGAUGACAAUAUUGGUGAAUGGUGUUUAAUGAAACUGUAAACUUUUGAGAUCACAAACGACUAAGAAAUUCACAUUUACGUGACAUUGAUAAAGAUUUACGCGAGAGCACAGUGGACAGUGAAAUCAUGUGUUCUCUUCUCGAUAUGGCGACUCCCUAGUCGGGGACUAGUGUGACUAUCAAUCUUCUGUCUCAUCUUAUCGAGCAACUCUAAGCGACUCUCUAAUACGAGAAAAAAAUGACUCUUGUGGCUAUGGAGAGCGCGUACAGGUUGCGAUUGGGAGUUGCAAGUCACCAUCAUCACGUGCUGUCAUCGGAGAGCCACGUAGUGCCGCGUCAGGAUCGUCAGCCGGAUCACCAACAGGACACCGAGAGAUCAUUGCCCUUCAGCGUCGUCAACAUUCUCAAGCCGGAUUUCGGUCGCGAGGCCAUUCUCAACACGAAACUACCCAACGAAUCCGCAGUGUCCGCUAUUAUUCCCGCGCAGCAUCCGCAACACAGUCCACUUCCGCUCCCGCGCGAUCUCAGCCUGUCAUCCACGCGCCUCUCGUCCCCGCAGUCGCCUCAAUUGACGAAUUAUUCGGUUCAUCGGGAGAAGGACGCCUUCUCGUCCCUUUGCGGGAUCACGUCACCCCUGCAGAGGCAUGGCAAUGGGCUCAGCAGAAGCGGCAGUCUCGAGAGCCUCGCGUCCAGCAGAAGCUCGGUCACCAGCAGCUCGGUCACUGGCCCACCGUCCUUGUGUUCCACAUCGUCCACAAUCGGCGAUUCUUUGAACGGCGAAAACACCGGCGGUAACACGUUGACGAGCCAGCAAAACGGUUCCAACAGCCAAAGUCUAUGGCCGGCGUGGGUAUAUUGCACCAGAUACUCGGACAGGCCCUCCUCUGGACCGCGUACAAGGCGAGUGAAACGUUCGCAGAACAGCAAGAGCAGUGUGCCGGAAGAGAAGAGACCCAGGACGGCCUUCAGCGCCGAGCAGCUGGCCAGGUUGAAAAGAGAAUUCUCGGAGAAUCGAUAUCUGACGGAAAGGAGGAGGCAGGACUCGCGGGAGCUGAACCUAAAUGAGGCCCAGAUCAAGAUCUGGUUCCAGAACAAACGGGCGAAGCUGAAGAAGGCGAGCGGACAGAAAAAUCCGUUGGCUCUUCAACUAAUGGCGCAAGGCCUUUACAAUCAUUCGACCGUGCCGGUGGACGACGACGACGAAGAGAUCGUAAGCGAGAGAAAUCGUUGAGAGAGCCGCGUAAAUGUAAAUGGAAACGAUGAAACGACGAGUUGAAGAUUGGAAUGAUGUGUUGCUACAGCCACGGCACUCUUAGGAACCAGCGUUGAGUGUUAUCGACAAAGAAAGACAUUAAAAUAUUUAUAAAAUAUUACAUAAUAUAACAAUGAACGGUGAUUGAAUGAAGACUGAAAAUAAAAUGCAACAACAAAACUGUUAUGAAAAGUACAAUCCAAAAAGUAAGGUAAAAGGUAAGAAAGGAUGAACAGUAAAUCGAUAAUUCGAUAAAUAAGGUAAUAUACCUAACCUAACAACUGUACGCAUAUGUCUUGUUACCUAAUUUAUUGAAUUGCCCUCUAUAUAUAUCUUGACGAAUGCCGAGGGCAGAAUUUUGCAUAAAAAUUAACGAAUAUAUACUGUAUGUUCAUAAUUUAUGCAUGAGAGAAAAAUAAUAAAAAAUUAUUUGAUUUUAACUUUUAUGUAAAUAUAUGCAGAAUAUAUUGCUAAAAGAAUGGGGGAGAUAAGAUUAAAAAAUUUUUUGCAACAAUAAUUAUACUUGAAAAAUGUGAGAGAAAAAUAAUGGAAAAUUAUUCAGUUUUAACACUUUUGUGCUUAAAUACAGUGGGUAUUUGCAGAAUUAAAAUAAUACUCACAAGAUUUUAUGAAAAUGAAUUAAUAAUUUAAAUAUUAGUGUGUCUGUACGUAAUUAUUUAUAUAUUUUAUUCUUAUGCAAAGUUUUGCUUGAUCUCGUGAAGUUUUAUCUAUUCCUAGCCACUAGAUUAUACCGGAACUAUUGCCACUAUCUAGUGGCAAUAGAACACGAUUCAAAUCGUGAAAAAUUUGCUUUAGUUGUAUGAGGAGUCAUUCGUUUAGCAUAUAUCGUAUAAGGGCUUUAAAUCUAAAGUGUACCUAGUGUGCCGUAAAUUAAGACUUACGCGCUUAAAAAAUAUAUAUUUAGAAUAGGUUUUUAAGAGAGAGAGAGAGAGUCAGAUUUAAUUAGUACAUAUCAAAAUAAAUGAAUCCUAUAUGUCAAAAAUAUAAAUUAUUUAUUUCAUUGUACAUAGUGUGUAAAUAGUUUGUGCUCUUGUGUAUAUGUAAAAUAUCGAAUAGAUUAGUUAAAACAUGGUUACUAUACUACGUGAAACGAUCUCGCAUUGUAUAUACAUAUAUUAUGCAUAUAAUCCUCGAUUCUCAUAAACAUCUUAGAUAGAUAUAUGUUAUACAUGCUUAUA